CCUACUGUUUACAAAUGAAUGGGAAAUUUGAAGAAGUGAAUAAGUUACUCUUGAGUGGGAAAGUAAACUAUUUUCGGGUUUAAAAAUGACAAGAACUUACCAAUUGUGAAAAUUUGGGACGGUUGGUGAUUAGAGUGAUAUUUUUUUGAAAUGAGUAUCUUGGAACGGAUACUGAUCAUAAAAUUGGUAAUCAUAUUUUUUUUGGGGUCAACAAUUUCUAGUCAUGGUGAUUGUUCUUACCAAUAUGGAAGAACAUGCCCUUUUGUACCAGCCCCAGCUGGAAAAACCCCACCAUGUGCAAGGCCAGGACUUACGUUUUGUGAAUAUCCUGACGGCUAUCCUGCAGAGUUAAUCACGUCGUUAGCAAAACAGGAGCGAUACAACCAUCGAUCUCUGGUCACUGAUGAAACCAGGGAUGAAUAUAGCGCCACGACAGGACCAUAUCCUGCGGCAAAAUAUAGUUCAUCCUAUAAAGGAAUAGAUAUAACUACGUCCUUACCCUAUACACAAGGUGAACAGCAGCAAUGGUAUAACAGGGAUACAAAUGGCCAAUAUUUCAACAAGCCAUCGAAUUAUUCGGAUCCCUUCUAUAAUGGUUUUGGUGACCACCAAGGUGGGCCUGUAUCGCCCAAUGGGGGUCAGUUCCUCAGGUACAAAUAUACGUCGAAUAUUCUUCAACCACAUCAAUAUCGAGACCUUCCUUCAAGAUUUCUGGGAACGUUGCAAGACUUCAAUCAUUAUCGCACCAACUAUUUAUGGAAAAGAGACUUACAUACCCAUUUUCAUGCCCAUGAAAGGGUAAAGCGUAAUGAAUUAUUGAGACGACAUAUGAGAGAAAUAAGAGAAUCUCCCUUCAAAAAAAAUUUCACUGGAGAGAUAAAAUAUAAAAGAGUCAAGAGGCAAGAUGAUGGUCUAACUGGAGAAACACUUUGUACUGCAAGAUCAACUUUUAUUAUGCCUAGAGCUGCCAUGAACGCUAAUGGAAAUUGGAUGUUUGUAGUGAAUAUGGAAAAUAGCGACCAAAAAUAUACGCAAUUAGUAAGAAGUGAAGUUUGUACAUCUAAAAUUUGUAGCUCCCUUUGUGGAUUACCACUUGGAUACACAUCCAGAUGUGAACAGAAAUACAUACAAAAAAGGUUGAUUGCAUUGCAGGGUCAGGGAGAUCAACUUUACACCGAUGUUUUUUGGAUACCGAGCUGUUGUGUUUGUACUAUUCGACGAAACUGAAGCAUUACAUAAACAGACAAAUUCCAAAGAUGGAUUUUAAUUAUUGUUAUUAUUCGACUAUCGAAUGGACUGAUAUAAAAGUAGACUAGUGUAGACGAAUGAUACAGAUUCAGUUAAUUGAUCUGAAAAAAUUCUGCCCUGUAAAUAAAAAAUUCAUCAUAUAUAAUAUAUGAUAAAUUUAUUUUAAUUAUAUUCAGAAAAUUCAGUCCCUCGGGAAUAAUUCUGUAUUUAUAUAAACUGUAAAUGUUCUUGAGUGUUUUACAUUUGACUUUGAAAUUAUGAGUCAAUGCGAACUAAUAUUCGGUUGAAUAAACUCUAAUAACUGAAA